AUGAGCAGGGCUGAAGACGUCUUCCACCUCGCAGAUAAGCCUCUUGUCCCUCAGGGCUUCGCUGCGCAGAAUCCCUCGCAGCAGUUGCAGGCACCCAAAGCAGCCCUUCCACCCGAGGUCGCUGGAGGCUUCUCCCAAGUGCUAGCAGCGCUAAACGGCUCAAAGGACUCGAUCAGGGCGUCCAAGGAUUGGUUCAUGGCGUGUGCCCCCCACGCAGCCGGCAUGGCUGCCAUGAUGGCAGAUCACAUGUCCAAGGCGGCCUCCUACGACAGCCAGCUGCAUAUCCUGUACCUCGCCAAUGAUGUCCUGCUGAAAGGGCAGGCCCAGCGUGGGGAGGGAAAGCCAGAGAGCGCAGAUCCCAUCGUGCAGGCUUUCAGGCCUGUGCUGCCGCUCAUGCUGUCAGCCGCCGCCAGCAAGGGUGGAUAUGCUCCCGAGGUGAUUCAGCGCCUGUCAUCCAUCGUGGACUACUGGGGCGAGCGCCAGGUGUACAGCAUGGCAACCGUGGCCGAGCUCAGAAAGACGCUCUCCGGCCCGUCAGCCGCUCCGCCGAUGCAGGGAUUCCAGCAGCCCUACCCACAGCAGAGCCAGCCGUGGAUGGCCCAUCCGAGCGGCGGACCCCCCGCCUUCCCGGAAGCUACCCAGCAGCCGCCCUUCUCGGGGGCACCCUACGGCGGCGCUCCCCCGGGGUCAUGGGACAUGCUGCAGCAGCAGAUGCCGCCGCCAGCAUAUCCGGGGUUCCCUCCGCCGGACGCCCACCAGCGGCCGUCCAGAUGGGGCAACGCAUCAGGAGCGCCAGGGUGGCAGCAGCCGCCUCCGCAGCCGUUCCCCGGAGCAGCGUUCCCCCCACCGGGGGGUCCGGCCUUCCCACCGGUGGCGGGCCUCCCCCCGGCGGCGUUCAUGUACCCACCUCCUAACGUGCCACCCACCCCCGUUCCAGCAGGCAAGCCCAAUCCUUUGCCUCCCCAGAAAGAGCCCUACGACCCCAUGUCAUUUCCACCGGGCCUCAUUCCAACCCUUGUGCGCGAGAAAAACCUGACAGACCCCCCAUAUUCCCCCCUCAGCCCCCUGGACAUAGAACAAGCCGGCCUGCCACCAGCGCAGGAACCUGACGCGUACCUGACAUCGCGCAUCGACAAAUUCAACGCAGAGCUCAAGGAUUAUCGGCCGGGGGUGACGAGAGCGCAGCUGGAGGAGGAGCGACGCCGGCAGCGCAUCAGGGACGGCCUCGAGCCAGAGACGUCUGCCGCAUCGCAGCGCAAGAGCGGGCCAGAAUUCAACGACGGCAGCUUCGCCAGAUCAGGCAAGCCCUGGAUCGGCCGGGACGAGCCGCGCGCAGCCGGCCUCGGCUACGGCAGCGGCGGUGGGAGCGGUGGCGGGGGGUCCCCCCAGCGAGGGAGCCUCGGUGGCGGCGGUGGCAACGGCGGUGGUGGCGGUGGCGGUGGCGGCGGGGGGGAGGACCCGUACAGCUCCUACAGGAAGCAGCGGGCGGGGGCAUACCACGAUCUCAUGGCGCGCUCGGCUGCCGCUGCCACCGGAAUUGCUCCGGCGCCCAGAUAA